AUGAAAAUUCUCAUCCUUACACUUUGUGUGCUAAGCUUUGUCUUGGCAGCAAGGGAUGCUGAUUUGUUGGGUGCUCCACUUCCAGGAUGUACUAAUGACAAUUUCAGACAAUACUCUGGAUAUCUUGAUGUGACUGAAGAUAAGAAAUUCCACUAUGUCUUUGUUGAAAGUCAGAACGACCCAGCCAAUGAUCCACUUUUGUUCUGGUUCAAUGGAGGUCCAGGCUGCUCAAGUAUGAUCGGCUUUAUACAAGAGCAUGGACCAUGUGCCUUCUUGGAAGACUCAGAUCACGAGCCUCAAGAUAACCCAUACUCAUGGAACAACUGGGCUAAUAUAGUCUAUUUAGAAUCCCCUGCCGGAGUUGGAUACAAUUUCUACAAUGGGCAUUAUGAAUAUGAUGAUGACAAUGUUUCUUAUGAAAACCUUAAGGCUGUUCAAUCUUUCUUCGAAGGAUUCCCAGAGUAUAGUAACCAUAACUUGUAUCUCUCAGGAGAAUCCUAUGGUGGAAUUUACAUCCCAUACCUAGCACUCAGAAUUGACGAGCACAACGCUAACUCUAACGACCAUAUCAACUUGAAGGGAUUCCUUAUUGGUAAUGGAGUUACAAACUGGAAGUACGAUUGAGGACCUGCCUUCAUGAAAAUGGGAUUAACUCAUGGUCUUAUUAAUAUCGAUCUUGCCAAUAGAAUUGAAAACUCUGGAUGUGACUUCGCUGAACAAGGUUCUGGAAAGCAACCAGAUGAGUGUUAUUCACUCAUGAGAGAGUUCGAUGAUGCUGUCUCCCAUGUCUACCCAUACGAUAUCUACAGACCCCCAGAGGAGUACUAUCAAACUCCUGCUCCACAGAAGAGUAUUUCAGAUCUGAUCAGGAUGGAAUCUGACUCUCAAGUUGAGAAUGUUUAUGGAGGAUUCUCAAGAUUGGUCAAGAAAAACAUGAAAAAGAACUCUAAUGACUUCUCUCCAGUUAACAAGUACAUGAACGCUGACGAUACUAAGGCUGCUUUGAACAUCCCAGCGAACUACUUCUGGGAGGAAUGCUCAAAUAUCGAUUAUGAAAUGCUCGAUGAAGCCUCUCAAUGGAUCUAUCCUAAACUCAAGGGAAAAUAUAGAAUGCUUCACUAUAGUGGAACUACUGAUGGAGUUGUCCCAACUGUAGGAACUGAGGGAUGGAUGAAGGAUCUAGGAUGGAAAGUCACCACUAAAAGGAAAGCAUGGCUCUCAGAGCCUCUCAUUUUGGGAGGAUAUACUGAAUCCAGAGAAGGAAAUCUUGACUUCCUUACUAUUCAUGGAACUGGACAUAUGGCUCCACAAUGGAAGAGACAUGAAGCAUAUCUUGCACUAUCCAGUUGGGUUCUUGAAAAAGAUCUCCCAAGGUCAUAA